GAAAGAAACUCCAAAUCCACGUGCUUGGCAAAUAUCUUACGUGAUAAAUUCUAAUAUUCCCUAUUUUGUUCUGCCGACACAUAUAUAAAUGUAUAUAAAUACCGAAAAACCAAAAGGAGAGAAAGUAUAAAAAAUUGUAAUAAGUGAAACAGAUUGAAAUAGAAGUUAAGAAAACAUGUUAUCACAUUUAAUGGAGAUGUUAUUACUACUAUUGAUUGCACUAAGCAAAAAUGUUGAUGCUUCAGCUGGUAGUGUUACUGGAAAUAACGCUUUAAAUGAAGAUCCAGAGUUUACAUCAACUAUCGAAAAUAUCACUGUACCCGCUGGAAGAAAUGUAAAAUUAGCUUGUUCUGUAAAAAAUCUUGGUAGCUACAAAGUAGCAUGGAUGCAUUUCGAACAAUCAGCAAUACUCACUGUGCAUAAUCAUGUAAUUACUAGAAAUCCACGAAUAUCUGUGACACAUGACAAGCACGAUAAGCACAAAACUUGGUUUCUGCAUAUCGCAAAUGUGCAAGAAGAAGAUAAGGGACGAUAUAUGUGUCAAAUUAAUACUGUGACAGCGAAAACUCAAUUCGGAUAUCUUCAUGUUGUUGUUCCACCGAAUAUCGACGAUCAGCAAACGUCGACAGAUAUAGUUGUAAGGGAAGGAGCAAAUGUUAAAAUGAAAUGUAGUGCAAAUGGAUCUCCGCUUCCUACAAUUAAAUGGAAACGUGAUGACGCUAUGAAAAUAAACAUUAACAAAUCUUUAGCGGUUUCUGAAUGGGAAAAUGACACACUCGAAAUGACUUCUGUUUCGAGAGUAGACAUUGGAGCUUACCUUUGCAUAGCUUCUAACGGAAUUCCUCCCUCUGUGAGCAAACGAAUCAAAUUAAGCAUUGAUUUUCCUCCAAUGCUUGUGGUUCCCCAUCAAUUAGUUGGCAUACCUUUAAACUACAAUGCUACACUUGAGUGUAUUGUUGAAGCACAUCCUACCUCUCUUACAUUUUGGUGCAGGGAAAAUGAGAAGAUAAUGAUUUAUGAUUCACAGAAAUAUAAGACUGAAACUUUAUUGACUACACCAUCAUACAAAAGCAUAAUGAGGCUAACAAUUUUCAAUAUUCAACAUUCUGACUUUGGAAUUUACAAAUGCAUCGCUAAAAAUCCUCGUGGGGAGACAGAAAGUUCAAUUCGGCUAUAUUCAUCGCAACCUCCAACGACAGUUCCACCUUCAACCACGGAGGCUGUUAUAAUAGAAUCAACGACAACGAAAAAAAUUGUCAAUUAUAUGCCACCAGUUGGCCAGACAACCGUGUUUACGGUUCACAUGAGUGAUAAAGGAUCUAAAUAUCAAGCGAGUGCUAACGAGAUUGAAAAUACAGAACAGAAGUACACUGACACGGCUAAAAGCGUAGAUUGGUCGGGAGAUAUUGAUAAAACUAAUAAAGCUUCUGAUGUAAGAUUUCACAUAGAUUUGCUCAAGUUAUCUAUAAUUUUUUAUAUAAUCCAAUCUUAUUACUGACAUUUAUGCAUAAGAAAUUAAUAUUAAAAAUAAUUUUAAUCGACUAUUAUUUAUUGAAAAUGUUAUCGCUGUAUAUUAAUUUGUUUUUGUUUAAAAGGAUAUUAUGAACCUAAUGUUAUUGUAUUUGAGCGCGCAAGAAUUAAACAAGAAAAGAACACAACUGAAAUGUUAUUAAAUUAUUAUAAUAUCAAAAAUAAUAAUGUAAACAUAUACAAAU